GCGAUCGGUCCCCUCCCCUCAAAUCUAGCCAUCAAAUUCAUCGCAAAACCUUCACUGGUGUUUUGGUUCCAGAGCGGAACUUCAUCUUCUUCAAACCAACAAAUUCUCUUUCAGGUUGAAAAUGGCGUUCUCUCUUAAUACAAACCUCAACCAACCUUCUCUCAGUUGUGGAACCAAGCUAUAUUCAGGACUGAGGCUUCAAUCUCCAGGUCUGUAUGCAACUGGGAGGCCUAAUUUGACAGCAGAAUUAUUUGGCAGGGUUAACAAGAGCCUGCAAUGCGGGACUCGCAACCAUAGACCAAUAAGGGCAGGAGUUAGAAUGAUGCCUAUAGGGACGCCAAGGGUGCCCUAUAGAACUCCUGGUGAGGGAACUUGGCAAUGGGUUGAUUUGUGGAAUGCCCUGUACCGAGAGCGUGUGAUCUUCAUUGGACAAAAUAUAGAUGAAGAAUUUAGCAAUCAAAUAUUGGCAACAAUGUUGUACCUUGACACUAUCGACGAUUCCAAAAGGAUCUAUUUGUACAUUAAUGGUCCUGGUGGAGACCUUACUCCAACCUUAGCUAUCUAUGAUACUAUGCAGAGCUUAAAAAGUCCUGUUGGUACCCACUGUGUGGGAUUUGCCUAUAAUCUAGCAGGCUUUAUUCUUGCUGCUGGGGAAAAGGGAAAUCGCUCUGCAAUGCCUCUUUCAAGAAUUGCUUUACAAUCACCAGCAGGGGCUGCUCGUGGUCAGGCUGAUGACAUUCGAAAUGAAGCAAAUGAGCUUCUUAGGAUCAAGGACUAUCUUUACAACGAGUUGGCUCAGAAAACAGGACAACCUGCUGAGAAGAUUAACAAGGACUUGAGCAGAAUGAAACGCUUCAAUGCUCAGGAGGCGCUUGAAUAUGGGCUAAUUGAUCGUAUAAUCAGGCCACCUCCAGUAGAUGCUGAUGCUCGUCCGAGAGAUCCAUCAGCUGGUCUUGGUUAGUGUUUAUGUUUACGUGUUCAUCAAAUCGGCUUAUGACCAUUAGAACUUGCAGAAAUUUUCUUAGUUAUCUGUAUAAUUGGCUAUUCAGUAAGGAAGAAGCAUUUUGUUUUGUUUGUUUUUGCAACCUCCCAUAUAGUAAGAGCUACUUAAAUACUUUGAAGUUUGCCUAAAAAUGGGUUAUAGUUACAUUGAUCCUUAUCAAUUACCAAGGUUUGUGUCGUGAA